AUGCCAUUAGACUUGCCUUUUGAAAUCCCCGUGGAUAAUCCCGUGUAUCAGAAUUAUAGAAGGGUUUUGGUUACCUACAAAAAGUUUGUCGAUGAAUCUGUGCCGCACACAGGUUACAGGUGGAUAGGGUUCGGAGCUUUACUCACCUUGUUUAUGAUACGAAUUUUCUUUGCUCAGGGAUGGUAUAUUAUCUGUUACGCAUUGGGUAUAUACUUGUUGAAUUUGUUUUUAGCUUUUUUGACGCCCAAGUUUGAUCCGUCGUUGGAGCAGGAGAUGAAGAAUGAAUCUAUUGAAGAGGGAGUCGAUCAAGAAGCACAUGAGUCUGGGUCUAAAGAUGAUGAAUUCAGACCAUUUAUUAGAAGAUUACCGGAAUUCAAGUUCUGGUAUAAUGCUACAAGAGCUACUGUGUUGAGUUUGGUAUUGACCUUUUUUUCAAUCUUUGACAUUCCUGUGUUUUGGCCAAUUUUGUUGAUGUACUUUAUAAUCUUGUUUGCUUUGACCAUGCGAAAGCAGAUACAACACAUGACCAAGUACAAAUACUUGCCGUUUGAUUUAGGUAAGACGAGGUAUAGGAAGUGA